UGUUCCGGGAGGUUGCAAAACUGUUACCAGAUGUUUAUUUGGACCCUGUCACAUUUUUGAUAACACCAGGAUUUAAUAAUUAUUGCAUAUUUAAGGUUUUAUUUUAACCAAAUAGAUAGUUUAAUUAACCAAUUUGACGAAAAUGGUCAAGACCAUAAGCACAUUGAAUGCGAAAAAGAAGUUGCUCGACUCAUUGGGCGAGAACCAACAACUAUACUGGACUCUGAUGAAACAGUGGUUCAUGAUGAAGAUUACAAGGGAAGAGUUUGAUAUAGAAGUGGAUAAAUUUUUAACUGCGGAACAACGCCACCUGCACAACCAAUUUUUGCUCAAUAUGAUGCACAAAUGCACCGACAUCGUUCUACCACAAUCUGGAAAAUUUGAAGGACAAACUACAAAUUUUGCGAUACCAGAGAAGCAAGAGGUCAACGCUGAAAUGCCGCUCGGCAUGGCGAGUGAAGGCCUGCUGUACGACCACUCGGCUAUGCUGGCCCGAAUGCGAUACGGUGCUUGGGAAAUGGGCCUGGAAGGAUCCUCGUCCAACGCAGCUCAAUUGUUACUCAUGGCCAUGCAGAAUUUCUUGAAAAACAUCGUAACCGCUGUUGUAAUGAAGAGAAAAGAUUUCAAGAGGAAGAAAAAUGGCUACAUACAAAAGCUGGGCAUGCCGUCUAUCAAUCCUUGGUACUCUAAAAUCGGAAAUGAUAUACUUUCAGAUCCAUUUGAAAGUUUACUAGUGGAUGAGAAUAUCGAGGGAUACUUGGUACCAAAUAUGAGGAGGUCGCCUGAAGAGGUGGAGAGAGAAACUGUAUCGUUACGGUUGAUGUCUAAGGAGACUGUUCUCGCCCCGGUCUCACUCUACGAUUUAAUCAUGACCCUUAAGCUUUAUCCCAGUCUGGUCUCGUCCAACUUCGUCAACACGGUGAACGUCGAAAGGAUCUAUGCUCGCUUGCGCCAGCCCAAUUGCGAGAUAUAGCUCAAAAUGCUAUCAGACGAGCGCUGCUUGGGUGAUGCCCAUGGUGCUUACCGCAUCAUGAUAGAGGACUUGUUGCCAAAUUUAAAAAAAAAGAUGAAUUCCAUGACUGACGAGUUUUUUUUUUCUGUUUGAAAAUGUAGAAAAAUGUAUAUAACUGUAAAUAAUAAAAUAACACGUUUCAAAUU